CGGCGGCGAACCCUCCUCUGCGCCCGCCCCUUGGCUGCUACAGGUCGGUGUCAGCGAGCGGCGGCGCACCCCUUUUCGGCGGCCUAACGCAUGCGUGUUAGGAGAGGGCGAGCACAUAGUUUAGCCCAGUAAAUUCACUAAUUGCCUUGGCUCCUUCAUAUUGAGAAGUGGGGGACGAGCUGAUGCAGUGUGUGACUUAGAGCCUCUCCAGAAGAGCUAGCCAGUCUCUGCUGCCUUCACAUGGUACUUAAGAGGGUAUAAAAGUGGGUCAGGAACGUCCUUGUUCAGCCAGAUUUUUCAUCCCUUGCCGUGGGAAUAGAGACAUAACUCUGAAGUGGAACAUUUGGGCAUGUUGGUGCUAGCCACUCUUAAGUUGUGCUUUCCUCUCUGUUUACUGCCACAGGUAAAGAUUGAGUAAUACAUAGAAGAGGCCUCCUGCAACCUCCUAAUACCCUGAAGAUUAACAUUUAUCAUGCUGAGAUUCGGGCAGCACCUCAUCAAGCCCUCCGUGGUCUUCCUGAAGACAGAGCUCUCCUUUGCUCUUGUGAACAGGAAGCCGGUGGUCCCAGGGCAUGUCCUUGUUUGUCCUCUACGGCCAGUGGAGCGUUUCCGUGACCUGUGUCCUGAGGAAGUGGCCGAUUUAUUUCAUACAGCACAAAGGGUUGGCAACGUGGUGGAGAAACACUUCUGCGGCACCUCACUCACCAUUUCAAUUCAGGAUGGCCCCGAAGCCGGACAAACGGUGAAGCAUGUUCACGUCCAUGUCCUUCCAAGGAGGGCUGGAGACUUCAGCAGGAAUGACGAUGUCUACAAGGAGUUGCAACAACAUGACAAAGAGGAUUCCUCUGACAAGUGGAGGACGGAAGAAGAAAUGGCAGCUGAAGCAGCAAUUCUGAAGAGGUAUUUUCAGGAAAAUUAAAGGUAACAAAGUGUUUGAAAAACAUCCUGUGACACAAGAAACUCCCCAGAAAGAAAGACUUCAUUCUCCGGUUCUCAGUGGCCCUGGAGCUGCAGCUGAACAAUUUUAUUAUGUUCUACAAAUAUGGGAUUCUUUCAUGAAAAAUUUUAUUGGACCUUCGGAUUAUCAUCAAGGUUGAAUUUCAGCUAAGACAACUAACAGCACUGAUUCAAAAUAUUGCUCUGAGUAGAAACUCAUAUUUUUCUGAAUCGUGUACUUGGCAACAAAUCUUUUUGAAUUGUCCCUUGGCCUAAAUUGAAAUAAAGUGCUAGUGAAAUCAGGUAGCUACUGUGUUUCAGUACAUUACAAAGUGUUUACUCCAUGUUGUGCUUUUUGAGAUUCGGUUAUUGUAUGUGGGCUGUUACAUCAUAGAAAAAUUAGAUCUUUGAGCAGUAUGACAAUUCAUAAAAACCAAGGCUUUGUAACAGACUAGCCAAGAUAAACUUGGAGAGCGACCGUUUUGUCAGGUAAGGUAGUAUAACAGGAAAUACAACACUUCGUAAGAUCUUUCCUUUUUCUCUUCCUUUUAAUGCAUUGUCAGAAUGCUUCUGGAACUUAAGGUGAUACAAAGCACUUCUGCAAAUCAAUGAAUGCGUAAAGCUGCUAAUGGGAUAGUAACGCCGUUAGGGUUAGACUGGCAUGAAUGUCCUGCUUGCAGCAACCAACCGGAGUGGGAGCCACCUGUGUGGAACACUCCCUUGGCCAGAAAUGCCACGUUCAGAGCCCCGCCAUGGGUUAGCUGUUGAUUGCUAACAUAUAAUAAAGAGAAAAGAGUCAAACAACAGAUGGAAGAGAGAAGAAAUGAGUCUGCAAGAUAUGCACGAAAAGAGCACCCGUCAUCUUGCUCUUCAAUUGCAGGGAAGUGACA